AUGACAGAAGCAGACCCCAGCAGUCCUCAACGUCUCCCGGAAGACGUCAUGUACGUCCUCUUAGGACACGUCGGCGCCACCGCCAGCCCUUCCGCCCUCGCCACCUUGUUGCGCGUCUCCCGCUACUUCCACCAAAGGCUUAUUUCUUUCCUCUACAUAUCACCAACUCUGACCCAGCGGAACGUCUCCGGUUUCUUCUUCGGGCUCUCCUAUACCGACAAAAUUGAUGACGACGAGAGGGAACAAUGGUGGCAAGGAGACCUAGCGGACAAAAAGUCGGCAGUUGCGAGAAGGCUGGCUAUGUUGGGACAUGUGCAGUGCGUCAUCUUUGAGGAAUUCAACGUUGUAUGGAUGUGCCAUUCAGCGGUCUCUGCGUUUCUCGCGCAGGGUCUUGACAGCCCGCCCAUGAGUUGGUACGGGUACACAUCCAGCAGCCGAGACGACUCUUCUCCCGCCCGUCGCCUGCUCUUCUAUGGCCGCGCUUUCACUCACGUCCACAUCUCCCACAAGUUCAUAGAACACAUACCUCCCGCACUGGAUAAUAUAAGUCAACGGGUCGAGACGUUUCAAUCGAUGCUGGGGCCAUUUGGGGUGUUAUCGAUCCAACAGCCUAUCGAAUAUCACUUUCAACCGUAUUUCUUGUACGCGCCCACUUAUCUGGCACCAAUCUGCCGAAGGGUUGAGCCCCCCGUGCUGGUAAUCAAUGACUAUCACGACAACAUCAACCUCGCCGGGAUACUGUCUCCCUCCCAACGCGGUAUUGCAAUGCACCUCCGGGGCAGGUCGAUUGUACAAACUGUCGAAGUCGUUGUGUUCUUGUCACAUCACAUGAAACUCACGCGCGAGCCCCUCUUCUACAUCCUAUAUAAGAAUACCGUGAAUGAGGAGAGCUACGACCACUCUAACGGCGAACGAGUCCGAAACUUCAUCCUCGACUAUGCUUUUGCAGCAACCUCUCAAUCGCCUCAGAAGAGGAUCGUGAGGCUGGAGGUCAUAAUGCAAGGCCCUCAGUCGGAUGCUGCUACGGUGGAGAGGAUGAGGGAUGAUAUAUUUGAGCUGAUGAAGAAAGGUUGA